GAGCUGAGCCCCGCCUCCUAGUGCGCCCCGCCCACACCCCGCCUCCUCCUCCUCUUCAGCAUCCUGCAGAGCGGCACCAUGAUGGAGGAGAUAGAUCGCUUCCAGGUGCCCACCGUCCACUCCGAGAUGCAACCGCUGGAUCCAGCCGCAGCUGCUAUUGCAGAUGGAGACUGCGACAUCCGAGAGGGGGAGUCCGUGUCCAUGAACUACAAACCUUCUCCGCUGCAAGUCAAGUUAGAAAAGCAGCGGGAGAUGGCCCGGAAAGGGUCCCUGAAAAACGGGAACGUAGGAAGCCCAGUGAACCAGCAGCCCAAAAAGAACAACGUCAUGGCCAGAACAAGGCUGGUCGUCCCAAACAAAGGUUAUUCUUCCCUAGACCAGAGUCCGGAUGAAAAGCCCCUCGUAGCUCUGGACACAGACAGUGACGAUGACUUUGACAUGUCCAGAUAUUCGUCUUCAGGGUAUUCCUCCGCCGAGAUCAACCAAGACUUGAACAUCCAGCUGCUGAAAGAUGGCUACCGAUUAGAUGAGAUCCCAGACGACGAAGACCUGGAUCUUAUACCCCCGAAAUCUGUCAACCCCACCUGCAUGUGUUGCCAAGCCACCUCGUCUACUGCCUGCCAUAUCCAGUAAUGUGCGAGGGGGGGUCACAAUCUGUGCAUUCCACGAUAACUGUAAAUCUUUAACAGCCAUUGCUUCCUCCUAUGGUAGGACACGCACCGAUUUGUGUUCAUGGAGCCAGGAGAAACCAAAAAAAAAAAAA